AUGUCCCCGCAAGGCCAUCCGCACCGCAGCCGCCGCACCUUCCACCAUCUGUACCACUCCACGCACCACGGGCGCCACGCGCACUACUCGCAUAGUAACCUCCCCUCGUCGCCCGUCCUCUCCUUCGUCUCCUCCCUCAUCACCCCGUCCCCGCGCUUCUUCUACCCCUUCCUCGUCUUAGCUCUGCUGGUCGUCAUCGGCCUCGCGUCGCUCACGCACUUUACGCACGCUCUCAUCCCCCUCUCGCGAUUCCGAUUCACCCGCUCCACUGCCGAUUCCACCAUCGACGGCGCAGCAGCGUCGGACGCGCAGCAGCAGCAGGGAGCAGCGGUGGACCCUUUGUCCCCGUUCCCUUUCGCUCCGCUCACCAAUCUGAUCCUCGUCGCCGGUCACUCCGUGUACACCAGUCCAACAUGCGCGCCGCUAGAUGCGGACCCGUCAUGGCAUCUCGAGCCGUACCAGCUGAAUUCGGGCGCCGCGUCGUCGUUCGUGGAGCAUAUACGGCUCGGAGUGACGGCCGCGGCGGAGGAUAGCAGCGCGCUGCUGCUGUUCAGCGGCGGGGAGACGCGCAGAGAUGCGGGGCCACGGAGCGAGGCGCAGAGCUACUGGAACGCUGCGGAGAAGCUGAGCUGGUUCGGGCACACGGAGGUGAGGGGGAGGGCGCUGACAGAGGAGUAUGCGAGGGACAGCUUUGAGAACCUGCUGUUCAGCGUGUGCCGCUUCCGCCAACUCACAGGGACAUAUCCCAACAACAUCACAGUGGUGAGCUACGAUUUUAAGAAGUUCCGGUUCUCUCAGAUGCACCGCGGGGCGCUGCGCUUCCCCUCCGACCGCUUCUCCUUCCUCGGCUCGCCCAUCGCCGAGUCAGCCCGCGAAUCCGCUGCCAAAGGGGAGGCGCGCACGCUCGCAGCAUUCGAAAAGGAGCCGUACGGGUGUGGGGGGGCGCUGGGGCAGAAGAGACGGCUGAGAGACCCGUUUGUGCGUGUGGUGCCGUAUCCUAAUGGGUGUAAAGAGAUGGCUGCGCUUUUUACCACUUGCUCCUCACAGCUUUUCUCAGGGCGCUUGCCGUGGGGCGUGGUGGGGAAGGGCAAGUACCGCAGGGGGUUCUCGGGGUGA